UGCAUGGAAAGGGUCACCACUAAAAAUAACUCCUCAGUGACUGAAUUUAUUCUUGCUGGAUUAACAGACCACCCAGAGCUCCAGCAACCCCUCUUUUAUCUGUUUCUCAUGAUCUACAUUGUCACUGUGUUGGGCAACCUUGGCUUGAUCACUCUUAUUAGCCUUAACUCUCACCUCCAUACCCCCAUGUACUAUUUCCUUUUCAAUCUGUCCUUCAUUGACCUGUGUUACUCUUCUGUUUUCACCCCCAAGAUGCUGAUGAACUUUGUAUCAAGGAAGAAUAUCAUCUCCUAUGUGGGAUGCAUGACUCAGCUGUUUUUCUUCCUCUUUUUUGUCAUCUCUGAAUGCUAUAUGUUGACCUCAAUGGCCUACGACCGCUACGUGGCCAUCUGUAAGCCACUGCUGUAUAAGGUCUCCAUGUCCCGUCAGGUUUGCUCCAUGCUAACUCUUGCUGCGUAUGUGAUGGGACUCGGUGGAGCUGCUGCCCACACAGGGUGCAUGCUUAGACUAAGCUUCUGCAGUGUGAAUGUCAUCAACCAUUACCUGUGUGACAUCCUUCCUCUCCUCCAACUUUCUUGCAGCAGCACCUACGUCAAUGAGGUAGUAGUUCUCAUUGUCGUGGGAAUUAAUAUCACAGUACCCAGUUUUACCAUCCUGAUUUCUUAUAUCUUCAUCCUCACUAGCAUUGCUCAUAUCAAAUCUGCUGAAGGAAGAUCAAAAGCUUUCAGUACCUGUAGCUCUCACAUUAUUGCUCUUAGUCUUUUUUUUGGGUCAGCAGCAUUCAUGUAUCUUAAAUAUUCUUCUGAAUCUAUGGAGCAGGGAAAAGUUUCUUCUGUUUUCUAUACAAACAUAGUGCCCAUGCUCAAUCCCCUGAUCUAUAGUUUGAGAAACAGGGAUAUAAAAGUUGCAUUGAAGAAAACUCUGAUUAAAAUACAGAGGGGAAAUAUAUUCUAG